AGCCCCUGAGGUGAGUAAACUGUGCUGAGCUGGCUGGGAUUUUGAAACUGAAUGGACACUGGUUCUUGUGGGAUCAGAAGAGGCAUCUCAGUGGUCCUUUGGAAUAGGAAGAGAAUGCCUGACUAACAGCUGGAUGUGGGCUUUCAGGCACUGAUAGACGACAGUGACAGCAUGGCCCAUUUCAUCGUCUGCACUGACAAUCCUGGCAGCAUCCUCUCAACUCUGACAUCCACGGAUAAACAGGAUCCCUUUGCAUUGCUUCGGGAAGUCUCAGGGAAUUGUGGGCACUUGCAGGAACAUAUUGGUCAAAUGGACGAGGAAACCCAAACGGUCACAAGCGGCUAUCAGCAGAUGGAGGAUCUGAUAGAAGAAAUCAGAGGUUGCUGUGAAAACAUUGAGAAGUCCAGGGAAAAGCUGCAGCAAUGCAUGGGAAUCCCAGAGCCAGGAGCCUUGUGGCUGCGUCAAAGGAACACCGAGCAGCAGAAGGAAACGUCACCCCAGGUGGAAAAGGCCCAGCAGCAGGACAGGAUGGAGGUUUCCCAGGAGCAAGAGUCAUUGAGCAGGGCCCUGGAGCAGCUGCGCCAGCAAUCCUCUGGCCAAGGGCAACCACUGGCCCAGGUGCACAGAGAGAAGGAGCUGCUGGGCCAGGAGAAGGCUGCCUUUAAGGGACGACUGGCAGCUAUGGAGCAGCAGAGGCAAGAGCUUUGCAAGCAGAUGGCAGAGACCAGGUCAGCAAAAGGAGAGCCUGGAAUCCAGCCUGUCUGCUGCUCAGCAGCAGAUAUCUCAGCUGGAGAUGAGCAGGAACCAUCUGGAGGCUCAAGUGCUCAGAGUCACGCAGGCCAAGGCAGUGGUAGAAGGACAAGUGAAAUUCCUGCAACAAGAGCUGGAAGCAGAGGGAGCUCUCAGGAGAAAGGAACUGGAAGAGACAGCUCAGCAGCUCAUGCAGGCAGAAAAGCAGAGUCAAGAAAUGCUCAGGCUUCCAGGAACCGCAAAGCAAAGGGAAAUAAACAAGCUCCUGCAAGACCUGGUAGGGGACAAUAUGCUUCUGAAUUCAGGCUGGUGCUGGGACAGUAAAUGCAGCCAUGGCUCCAGUGAGGGCGUAAGAGGAGUUCCAGAGCAGGUUGGGCAGUGCCCACCCAAAGUGUGACAGCCCAGGGCAGGAUCAUCCCUGAGUCCCUCCUGCCACGGAGCAGAUGCCAACAUGGAGCAGAUGCCAACAUGGAGCAGAUGCCAACAUGGAGCAGAUGCCAUCAGUGCCGCUGGCUGCAGGAGCGGGAACUUGGGUCCUUUCUUGCUGUGCUUCCAUGAUUGACACAGGGAUUAGGUUUGGGCUGGAAGCCAAUGGAACAGGCCCCUGGUCCUUCAGUGCUUGUGGCUGGGGCAUCAGGGAGGGGAAGGUGACACCUUUUGUGAGU